UAGACUGUUAUACAAAAUAAAAGUUGACAAGAAGGAAGUCAUAUUGCCAUUUGACAAGUUGUGACUUGUCAAUUUCAUAUCUUUCCAGGCGGCUGAUGCAAUGGCUAAAAGUUUCAACGACAUUACUGGUUUGGGAGACAAUGAUGAAGGAGCUUUGACGGUCGAACAGCAAGCAAAAUUAAACGAUUUUAAGGUGUUUGCGAGAAUAGCAAACGAGAAAUACUUGCGAGAUCAUGAAGAAAUCUCACAUGUUUUGCAAAUGUUCAUCAGGGAAGUUUUAACAAAAAGACCUGAGAAUAUUCGUGAAUUUGCUGCAGGUUAUUUUUCUGAUAAAGAUCUCAAAGAGCAAAUGCAGCAAAAGCUGCUUGAAGUAUCUCCGAGAAAUCUUCAUGAAACAUUUUAAAAAUGUACAUUGACAUUUAUUUUUUCUUUUGUAAAUAGAUGCUUGAAAUUUGCCAAUGUUUUUGAAAGUUCGCAGCUAAUACAAUGAGUAGUGUUAUCUGUCGAAUUUGGCUGAGACUUGCAUCAUGUAAUUGGAAGAUUUCUCUGCUAAAUCAUUAAAAUAGCAGGUGCUAGUGUUCCAUUA